AUGGAAAGUUACACAUACCCUCUUAACUACUCCUUUGUGGAUGUUAACCAACCUGCGGUAUACGACCCAAGUAACCAAAAUCUUCAGUUUCAAUAUCAAUACCAACCUAAUUCUUCACUCUGGGACCCUUCGAAUAUGGUUUUCAUGCAAUCUCCAGCUGCCACUUCUAUGAAUGAAGACCACUUCCAACAAUCCCCAGUUUAUCUUUUGGCUCAACCAAACAUUUAUGCUCAACAGCCAGGAAAUUUCGCUCCCAAUAAAACUGGCUUCGGUAUGGCUAGUGCAUCAUUCUCAGAGCCAAUCUCUUCUAAAAGUUCUGUGUCUUCUGCUUCAUCCACAUCACAAUUAUCUUACGCUCAAGCACCGGCUGCCAUUGGUAAUGGGUACCUCCAACCACAACAAGACAAUGUUUCUCCACAACAGAUUAUUGACUAUGGUUACAACUCUUUCAGUAACAGAUCUUCUCCUAUUUAUUCUUCUUUUUUCUCUAAUACUGAGCCAAUCUCACCGACUACCAUGACUUCAGAUUUCCAUAGCUCAGUCGCUCCUCAAUCCACAGCAUCUAUUUCCGACUCUGCUUCUGGACCAAUUGAGUUCAACACCAACUUGUAUCACAAGGAACCAUCGGGAUCUGCUGGUCUUGUAAAUGAUGCUGACAAAUCAUUGGGGUCAAAAUUGGCCAAGAACGGCAAGUUUGUCAGAAAAAACAGUGUCUAUGGAGAGUCAUUCAGAGGGCGCAGUGCUUCUUACCCAUCAAUCAAGAUCCCAUUAUUGGCUUCUAAUUCUAACAACUUGAGUGCCAAGAAACCCUCGAACCGUACCACCCAGCCAGGGCCAAUUCCAGCGUCACAACCAAAAUUAUCUUUUGACCAAGAGUCCGGCAGAGAGUUGGUCACCUUUUCUUAUUCCAAGCACAAGAUUAUCACUCAAUGGGUGGUAAAAUGCCCAAGACCUGAUGAAAAAGAGGCUAUUCUCAAACAGUUGGAUCCAGAAUUCCUCAAAAAUAACUGUAUCUACAAAAGAGCUAUCACUGAUAAUCUUGAAAACAAGGGAAGCAGACAAAAGUACGAGAAGAGCUGCAAUGAGUUGGGAUGGCAAUUGUGUUUCUUAAACCCGGAAUUGAGAAAUUCCAAAGGCUUAUUACAAAGAGCUGUGGACUCUUGGAGAAACACAAGAGCCGAUGAGAAAGUGAGAAGCAGAAGAGUCAGAAAACAGAGUAAAGUUUCCAAAUAA